CCCUCGGUCAAUGCCGUGGCUCAGAAUGCCCACGAGCCGGCCUUUCACGAUCCACGCAUCGCCAAAGAGGCCUGCAGGCCAACUCUAGAGUACCGAGAGAGAGAGACAUGGGUGACGGCACAAGUGCAGAGGCGAAAUCUUGGGUGUCGAACUUGUUCACUUCCCGCGGGCACAAUGGCCGCCCGCAUUCACCCUUCCACACCGCUGCGACAUCCCCGUCUUCGACAACGAGAUUUACAAGAGCAGUCAUUCGCGCUACGACUGGCAAGCGCAGACGCCAACUCGUGUGGAGGGAUUGGGAAGCCGCUGGGGCGGACACUGGGAGAGAGCAGCGUGUGCUUUCAAGUGCCUUCGAUGUUUAUUCCCUGCUUGACUGGCCAAACAGUUCCGUCACGGAAAUCUUCAGCCUGAGAGCAUGGGUGCGCGCCAAUACUAAUUGGGAGUCUCUGCUCACGCAUAUCCUUCCAGCCUGCCUCGCUAGUAACAGCUCUGCUCCGCGGGCACGAUCGCCACCCGCGUUCACCCUUCCACACCGUGACCGCUGCGGCAUCCCCGUCUUCGACAACGACAGCAGACAUUUGCGCUACGACUGGCAAGCGGAGACGCCAACUCGUUUGGACGGCUCGGGAAGCCGCUGGGACGGCGGAUCCUGGGAGAACAGCUGUUUCGAUCUGGCGAAAGCCUGCGGCCUGAGAGCAUGGAUGUGCGUCAAUGCUUCUCCGUGA